CUUUUUCUCUUCGAGCUGAGCUGGGAGAGUAACAGGUUUGAACGGGGAGCCAUCUGUUUCUCUUGACAGUAAAUCAGGCAAAGAGUUUCCUUAGCACUAAGCCAAUAAAAAGUGCUAACUAGGAAGAGUCUGGGCAUUAACAUGUGGUUCCAAGUUUGCUGUGCUGGUAGGCUUGCUCUGUGCCUGCCAGAUUUAAGCGAGAGAAACUGUCUGAUGCAAAUGAGCCGACGCUUUCCACUGCAUACGGAAAGUUACAGAUUGCAUACGGAUUGCAAGGGCUCCAUCACCAGUGCCUGCGGGGAAUGAGGAAAGUUCAAGUAACUGAUGGAUCAAAUGAGUGAACAGCAAUGGACCAAAAUGAAAGCAGCUGUUGCGGACCACAUACAAACAGCCAACAUGCCGUGAGAAUCAUUCUAGUCGGCAAAACAGGAACUGGCAAAAGUGCUACAGGGAACAGCAUCCUCAGGAAACAAGCCUUUGAGUCGAGGCUGGGUGCCCAGACCUUAACUAAGACUUGCAGUGAAGGUCGGGGAAGCUGGGGAGAGAGAGAGAUGGUCAUUAUUGACACACCAGGUAUAUUUUCUGAGAAGGACCGCUCCGAAGCUCUGUACAAAGAGGUGCAGAGGUGCUACUUACUGUCUGCACCAGGACCCCAUGUGCUGCUGCUUGUGACCCAGCUGGGCCGAUACACCAUCCAGGACCAGCAGGCUGUGCAGAGGAUGCAGGAGAUCUUUGGAGGAGAUGCCAUGAGACACACAAUUGUCCUCUUUACUCACAAGGAAGACCUCGCUGGUGGCUCCUUGAUGGAUUACAUCCAUGACUCAGACAACAAAGCCCUCUGCAAGCUGGUGGCAGCAUGUGGGGGGCGAGUCUGUGGCUUUAAUAACCGAGCUGUAGGGAGCAAUCGGAAUGACCAAGUGAAGGAGCUGAUGGACUUAAUUGAGGGCUUGAUGAUGGAGAGGAGGGGUGGCAACUAUACCAAUGGGCUGUACAGCCUCGCAAAAGGGUCAAAAUGUGGAUCUGUCAGUUCGGAGGAAAAAUUAAAGGAUUUCAGAGGGAAUCUUAUAGAGUACAUGGAAAUUCAGAGACGUCACACAACCAUGGCCAACGCAAAUUGCCUACAGAGAGUCCUAAUCAGAACACAACUGUGUAUUUUAUUUUGUAUUCAAUUGUAUGUCAACUUGCUAAUUCUGUUAUUUUGUAUAUUGCACAUCAUAUGCAAUUUGUUUUACUCCUUAUUCUUCAGCAUGUGCAAUUUGUGUUGUAGUUUACUGUGUAUUAUACCCAAAAGGUUAAUAAUAAUUUUGAGAAGGACCAUUACGCCAGAAUGCAGGCCUUCUAGAUUGUAGUUACAGCUAAGUAAUAAUUUACUUACUGUCAUUUACUGGUGAAUAACAGUGCCUUCCCUGUAAAAUGUGGUGCCUGAUGUCAUAUUUGAGAUUACGUGAAAUAUUUAAAUCUUAACAUAUUACACCAUUUAUUAAUGAACCAAAUUAUUUUAAAAGUUACCAUUUGCUUUGAAAUACAAUACUAAAACAUUUUGAUAACUGUAACGUAAAAUUUCUUCCUUUGCAAAUCUCUAAAGCCAGUUUUAUGUUCCUGAAAACAAUUUUUCUUCUUUAUAGUACUGAUAUUACUACUGAAUACUAUAAAAAUAUCAAUAAAAU